UUUACUUCAAGUUUCUCCCCAGAUCACUAAGCCUCCGAUAAACCAGUCUGUAACCGAAGGGUAUCCAGUCAACUUCAGUUGCCGAGCCUCAGGUGUACCAACACCAACCCUAGUCUGGCUUUUUAAUAAUGCUAACCUCAAUCAAACCGAUCACGAAGGAGAAUCGUUGCUAGAAUUGCCAAGUGUCACAAAAGAGAUGAAAGGCACUUACAAGUGUGAAGCGAAAAACGAAGCAAAUACUACUAGUUCCUCUGCAACACUGCGCGUUUAUGGAAAAUCCUCUGCUCAAGUUGCUCCAGAUCCAUAUCCAACACUCACAAUAGGAGAUGUCCUCACAUUGACCUGCCAGGUCAACGAAGACACGAUAAAUGUAACUUGGAAGAAAGAUGGAGACUUGCUAUCGAAAAGAGCAAAGAUUUCUAAACAAUGGAAUAAGAAACAGAGUAAACUUACCAUUAAUGAGGUUUUGGAAGAAGAUGGGGGAAGCUAUUCGUGUGAAGGACAUAACAAGCUUGGGUUUGUGGCCUGCUCCUACGUAAAAAUAACUGUCAAAGGUGAGCACAUAAAACUUCAAUAA